AUCGGUUCGGUUUUGAUAGUUGGUGUAGUUGCACCAUAGGCAUUGCAUAAGGCAAAUGCUAAUAACGUGGCGUUAGUUCGUAGUAGUAGUUAGUAACAAAGAAUAGAUUCCACCAGAUUUCUCUACAAGAAGCCAGAAAAACAACAAUUCAGAACCAUAAUAACAUAUUCCCUAACAAUAAACACCUGUAAUCUUCCAUUUUCAGCGAUCUUCCCUUCAUCGUUCGUAUACCCAUAUCUGUUAUGCGCAGCUAACAAUCUAAAUUUCUAAAUUACGAACAAUCAAAUUUUUAAAAUGGGUUCUGAUUCUACUGCCGAAGAUAAUGCAGAACAGAAAUUAAGGUUGAUUGCGAAAUGUGUGGUUGCUGGGGUUGCAUUAGGGCUUUCAAUUUGGGGAAUUCAUGCUGUGGGAUUAUCGGAAACCCUAGAAUUGUGGGUUAGGAAUAAGAAAAAGAAGCCAAUUCGUGUUUAUAUGGAUGGAUGUUUCGAUAUGAUGCAUUAUGGACAUUGUAAUGCUCUUCGCCAAGCUCGUGCUCUUGGUGAUCAAUUAGUUGUUGGUGUUGUUAGUGAUGUUGAAAUUACCGCUAAUAAAGGGCCUCCUGUUACUCCUCUUCAUGAAAGGAUGAUUAUGGUUCAAGCUGUAAAAUGGGUCGAUGAGGUCAUUCCUGAUGCUCCUUAUGCAAUUACCGAAGAUUUUAUGAAGAAGUUAUUUGAUGAAUAUAAUAUUGACUACAUCAUUCAUGGAGAUGACCCCUGCCUUCUUCCUGAUGGAACUGAUGCUUAUGCUUUAGCCAAAAGAGCUGGUCGGUUUAAGCAGAUUAAACGUACAGAAGGAGUAUCUAGCACAGACAUUGUUGGACGUAUGCUUCUUUGUGUCAGAGAAAGAUCUCUUAAUGAAAAUCGCAAUCAUUCUUCCCUCCAGAGACAGUUCAGUCAUGGUCAUAGCCAAAAGUUUGAUGAUGGUGUAACCACCAGUGGGACUCGUAUUUCUCACUUCCUUCCAACUUCUCGCAGAAUUGUGCAAUUUUCAAAUGGAAAGGGUCCCAAACCAGAUUCCCGCAUUGUUUAUAUUGACGGUGCUUUUGAUCUUUUCCAUGCAGGGCAUGUAGAGAUAUUACGACUUGCUCGGGAACUUGGAGAUUUUCUUCUUGUUGGAAUUCAUACAGACCAGACUGUCAGUGCAAAAAAAGGAAGUCAUCGUCCAAUUAUGAAUCUUCAUGAAAGAAGUUUGAGUGUCUUGGCUUGUCGUUACGUAGAUGAGGUGAUCAUUGGUGCUCCUUUGGAAGUGUCAAAAGAUACGAUUACAACUUUUAAUAUCUCAUUGGUGGUCCACGGAACUGUAGCUGAGAGUGAUGAUUUCCAGCUGGAAAACGAUAAUCCUUAUGCUGUUCCGAUAAGUAUGGGCAUCUUCAAAGUUAUAGAAAGUCCGUUGGACAUAACUACCACGACAAUAAUUAGGAGAAUUGUUGCAAAUCAUGAAGCUUAUGAGAAGCGAAAUGAGAAAAAAGCAGCCAGCGAGAAGAAGUACUACGAGGAGAAAACUUUUGUGUCUGAUGAUUGAAACGAAAAAGGAUAUUAGGGAUAGAGUCCAUUCAAUUCCGUUCUUGAGCAUUAGAUGCGCGUAGAUGGCCACAAUAUCUAGGAGCUGAAGGAGCAGUUUGUAAUUUAAUUUUAUAUGUAGAAAUAAGAUGACGGAAAUUGCAAUACAAGGAGGAAUGGCAACAAAAAGAAUGCAUAAAAGCCCUUUGAUUGCAUUAGUUUUGUAUCGGACAAUCUACAGUUACAAAGGAAACCGUUAGAGGAGGAGAAAAUCGCUAGGCGCGUCUUAGCUAUAGGUAUAAUUGUUGGAAUUUAUUUUGGUUCAUGUUUUUGACCCCGUAUAUUGAAAUUAAGGUUUUGACAUUAUUCUUGUUGCUUUUUAGUUUAUAGGCAAACUCCAUGAAUAUAGAUGUAAUUUUGUGAUUUUAUUUUAAAAUAGUAGUAAAUUUAUUAAUGCCUUAGGUUUCCCCCUUUAUAAUGCAAUAUCAUAAUGUUGAAAUUGUCAUGCCUCAUAUUCUUAAU